UCUAUCUACAAGUUUUACCUUUAGUCCAUAUCCAAUGAGUCAACCCCACACUCAAACCCACACACACUCUCACACACACCGCAUCUUCCAUCCUCUGAAAUCCUCAUCCAUUGAAAAUAUCACCAAAUCAAACAUAAUUCCAUUCCCUUCCUUUCCAUUUGACAAUGGAUUCAUAUGAUCCCAAUCUCUCGGGUCAACCCGACCCUCCUCAACCCAUCAACCCAUCUCCUCCCACCACCACCACCACCACCCAGUCUCACCCACCUUAUUCUGAGAUGAUAGUAGCUGCAAUUGUUGGUUUGAAAGACAAAGAUGGGUCGAGUAGACAAGCUAUAGCUAAGUUCAUUGAGAAACAAUAUGGCCCUGCUAAUUUGCCCCCAACUCAUUCUAACUUAUUGACUCAUCAUCUUAAGCGAAUGAAAGCCGAGGGUCAGCUCGUUAUGAAUAAACAUUCCUAUAUGCUUUCUGGCUCUAGAUCUCAACCCGAAUUACCUUUGCAGCCUCCGGGUUUCGGUGACUAUGAAGUUAAUAAUAACAAUACUGAUAUGUAUGCUGCUGCUGGUGGCUUUAAACCAAGUGAUGUUGUGUCACCGAGGCGUAAACCUGGGCGUCCCGCGAAACCCAGACAUCAAGAUUUCGGGUUUCAAGGGGAGAUGCCCGCAGAUUUACAACAACAACAACAACCGGAGGAGAUCCAGCCUUAUCAGCCGCAGUUUGAGCAGCAACUUCAGUUUGGUAAUAUGCAGGAUUUCCAGUCACAAGGUCAGUAUGAUGCUGGUGGUUCGGGACCUGGGCAAGAGACUUUUCAAGGAAAUUAUGCAGGUGGUGGUAAUGAUAAUGGUGGUGCUGAACCGAUUUUUGCGUCGUUGGGUUUGGCUGAUGAGGGUGUUCCCCCAACAGCUCCCCCGCCGCCACCACCACCACCCGAGAAUACGGUGGUUUCGGCAAAGAGGGGACGUGGACGCCCCCCAAAGAAUGCUUCUCGUGGUAGGAAACCUGGCGUGGCUGGUUCUGGUGGUGAUGUGGUGGAACCAGCGAGGCGUAAACCUGGAAGGCCUAAAAUGUUGUCGGUUUCCAUGGUGAAUGGUGGCGGUGUGAAAAGAGCUGGUAGACCCAAAAGAGUUGGAGGGCCUUUGACUGGGCCUUUGCCUGGAAAUGUCAACAAGCCAAGCGAAAGGCCUAAAAGGGUUGUAUCGAAGCCUGAGUUUUAUGUAUCUGCUAGUGGCAGUGAUGCUCAGACUCGUCCUGUUUCAAGAGGCAAUGGUCGUGGCCGCCCUGCAAAUACCAAAUUCAGGAAAUUGUCUUCACAAUCAUUUGGUCGCCCUAGCAAGGUUGGACAAGGUACUGCAGUUUUAGUGACAGAUCCACUGCAGCUUGUAGUUUACCAAGAACUGAAGUUGAAAUACGAGCGCUUACAAUCAAAAGCCAAGGAAGCGGUGGGUGUGAUAAGGCCCCACAUUAACCCUGAGUAUGAAGCUUUUGGAGCACUGAAAGAGCUGGAAACCCUCGUGGGUGGACCGCUGUGAAUGUACAAAGUGAGAAUCCACCGUCCGUUGUCUAAAUUUAGGAUUCUAGCUGGAGCAUCCAGGCAUCAAAAGAGUAGAUGGUUGAGGUAUUACAAACGUAGUUUGUAAAGUGUUGUAGUAGAGCAAUGUAACUUUAGAUUGAUGUGAGUUUAGGACAGUGUGCAAAUCUUAUUUGAUUAAAAGAUUUACCAGUGAUUUGAGAACAGCCAUGAAUAAUAAUUGUUUGCGGCUUUGUGCAUCCAUAAAGUUAUUGGUGAUGCUAACGUAUCAACCUUUUCCUGCUGGUUAUUUUUA